AUGCCUCCAUAUUUUUCAAAAACAAUUAAUGCUUAUAUUGCAUUAACUGCUGGAGCUGUAACAGCCACAUAUGUCAGUACACGUGCAUAUAAAUCACAUAUUCAACAAAGCUAUAACGAUAGAAUUGAUGUUACAAGUCAAUCAGUUGAAAUCGAUUCUAUUGAACAUAUUCGUCGUUAUACAUAUUAUAAGGAUAUUGAUAUUUAUUCACAUUAUAAAACUAUUUAUCCUAUUGUAAAAACAAUAGAUGAUGUCUUUUAUCAUAGUUGUUCUAUUUCAAAUCAUGCACCAUGUACGACUAAUGUUGAUCUCUCGAAUAAAGUCUUACCAAAUUCAUUAGAUAUCUUAACAGAAUCUAAGUUAACUCGAACACAAUCAAAAGUAGUAGCUAUUAUAUCAGUAAAUCGAUCUGAAUAUAUAUUUGUUGAACAUGUUUGUUAUACAUGUGGUUUUAUUGUUCUUGGUAGUCAUAUAAUUUAUGAUUCAGCAAAGAUUUUAUCAAUAUUAUAA